AUGGUGCCUAAAGCUAAGAAGGAAGCUCCUGCCCCUCCCAAAGCCUUAGCCAAAGGGAAGGCCUUGAAAGCCAAGAAGGCAGUGCUGAAAGGCAUCUACACCCACAAAAAGAAGAUCUGCACAUCACCCACCUUCCAGGGGCCCAAGAUCCUGUGGCUCCGGAGGCAGCCCAAAUACCCGCGAAAGAACGCGCCAAGGAGAAACAAGCUUGACCACUAUGCCAUUAUCAAAUUCCCCCUGACAACUGAGUCAGCCAUGAAGAAGAUUGAAGACAACAACAAACUUGUGUUCAUUGUGGAUGUCAAGGUCAACAAGCACCACAUCAAACAGGCUGUGAAGAAGCUCUAUGACAUUGAUAUGGCCAAAGUCAACACCCUCAUAAGGCCUGACGGAGAGAAGAAGGCUCUUGAUUAUGAUGCUCUGGAUGUUUACAACAAAAUUGGGAUCAUCUAA